AUGAGGCCCACAUUGUUCACCCUCGCCGUCAUUCUGGGGGCCACGCAGCUCGGUGUAUCGCAGACUGUCUCCGGCUCAGCCGAAGGUUUCGCUGCUGGCGUGACAGGCGGAGGCAGUACUGAAGCCCAAUAUCCCAGUGACAUUGACGAGCUCAAGGAGUGGUUGACAGAUGACACUGCACGGGUGAUCGUUCUGAAUCAAGAGUUCGACUUCACGGACUCGGAGGGUACGACUAGCGGAACUGUCUGUGCUUCUUGGGGUACUGGAGACAAAUGUCAGAAAAUCAUUCAAGAUGACUGUGGAGACUCGACUGCACUGAGUGCUACCUGGUAUACUGCUGCUACCAAACCGAUUGACGUUGCUUCCAACAAGACCAUUCUUGGUGUGGAAGACAAGGGCAUUAUUAAGGGCAAAGGCCUGAGGUUCCGCGACGGCGCGAGCAACAUUAUUGUGCAAAACAUUCAAGUCACUGACUUGAACCCUGAGUAUGUCUGGGGAGGCGAUGCUAUCUCAUUCGACGGGUCUGAUCUUAUUUGGAUCGAUCAUGUUACGACUGCUCGCACUGGACGUCAACACUACGUUUUCGGCUUUGACACCAGCACCCGUGUGACUCUGUCGAACAAUUUCAUCAAUGGCGAGACUCCUUACUCUACCGGCUGUGAUGGAUAUACCUACUGGACAUUUGAGAUGGUCGGGAAAGCGGAUCAAAUCACCCUGCAAAACAAUUAUAUCUACAAGACAACUGGACGCAGCCCUGCCUUGAGCGGUGGCACUCUACUGCAUGCUGUGAACAAUGUGUGGGAGGAUAAUAAUGGUCAUGUGUUAGAGGGUGGUGAAGCUACUGCCAAGGGACUCUUCGAAGGAAAUGUCUGGAGUGGCGUGAACACAAUUAUUGGGGAUUAUAAGGGCGUCCUCUUCACUUCCCCCGACUCUUCAACCAAUGAACAAUGCAAUUCAGCUCUAGGGCGGUCGUGCGUCGUCAACCUGGCGACAGACUCCGGGGAGCUGACGGCCUAUAAGGAUACUUCCUUCUUUACGGAUUUCUCGGGACUCAAAAUUGCUCCUGCUACCUCUGCGAGUGAGGCCCAGGCAAAUGUCCCUAGCAAAGCAGGUGCAGGGAAGAUAUGA